AUGUCAAAUCUAAUAGCCUCUCCUUCAAAGAAGGCUUAAUUUAAAUUUAGCAAGGAGCGAUUUCAAUAUAGAAUUCUUCAUAAAUAAGAGAAGCCAAUAGAGGAAGACUACGAUCCAAAUGCUAAUUAAAAAGUGGCUUUAAGUAAAGAGGAAUAUUUUUUUCAGAAAAGAGAAGAAAAUAACUCAAUUGAUUUAUAGUAAUUGCUGUUGAGCAAAGUAAUUAUUUAAAAUAAGUUUAGGGAGUUGAUUUUAAUGAUCCAACUUAACACUUGAGAUAGCUUCCGUUACAAAUACAUGAUGAUGUUGGAUUGGAACAAGUGUUUGUAGAUGAUAGAAUAGAGUUUGAGAAUGUGUUAUUUGAUGAAUAGCCUUAUGAAGUAACAGCAAAGAUUGUAAUUUGUAAUGAGAACAAUGUUACAUUUGAAAGAGGGUAAGUGAUUGGAUAUGAUGAAGAAAAGAAGAAAUUUAAAUGUAUAUUGCCAUCAUUAGGUAAACGUUUAAUACCCAGAGUCUAUUUGUGUUUUGAUCAUGAGAAUCAUUAUAAAUGGGCUGAUCGAUUUGCAUUAGCAUGGUAUCAUAGAAUUGUAGCACAUUCAUUAUUAAAAAAGAGUGCUUUCAUUUAAUGUAUGCCAAAAGAUCAUUUACCAGAUAUGCCUAAUGAAUAAAAAAAGAAAAUCGAAGAUUUAAUCAGAAAAAAUAAAAAACUAGAAUUUAGUGAAAUUAGUGCUCUAAUGAUGGAUGCUGCUAUUGAUUAUUAAUUGUUAAUGAAUAGAAUUCUAUUUGAUUAUCAUUUAACAGCUAAUCCAACUGAUCUUGUACCACAUGGUUUAGUUUUACCAGAAGUUUAAAUUAAAAAAGAUCCUAAUUAUUAUGGAAUGUUACCAUUAGAAGCAAAAAAAGGAGCAAAAGAAGUUUAUAUGUGGACUCCACAUGAAGUAUUCUUUAAUGAACCUAAAAGUUUUACAGAAAUUUUUAAAGAAUUCUUAUUAAAUAGUAUUAUGGCUAGUCCAGAAUCAGUUAAAUGUUUAUAGUUGGUUACUGAAAAAUGCAAUUAAUUGUAGGAAUUAGAAUAUUUUUAUAUUAAUGGAUAAAGUCAGCCACCUUAUAAAUUAGAGGAAUUUAAAUAAAAUAAUGAUUCCUAAUUAGUAACAUCAAUGAGUAAAUUAAGAAAAGAUUUUAUGGAAGAUGUUGAGAAAAUUAUUCUUAAAUAAUUCGGAGAAAAAGAACAACCUUAAAAGGAUAAGGAGAAAGAUACUAAAGAAAAAGAGAAAGAUAAUAAAGAAAAGGAGGAUAAAGAAAAACCUAAAGAAAAAGAAAAGGAUAAAGACAAAGAGAAAGACAAGGAGAAAGAUAAGGAGAAAGAAAUUAAUAAAGAUAAAGAUAAAAAUAAAGUAGCUUAAAAGUGGUUUAAUUUAAAAGAAACUGAAAGGACUAAUUAUGAUAAAGGAAGACUUAAGAAAUUUUUUGCAUGUGUAAGACUUAUGAUUUAGGAUGCUAUUUUGAAUUUAUCAUAAAAGUCAUUUAAUAAUUAUGAUAAAUAUAUUAGAAGUUAUAUACCUACUAAUGUUAUAAUUAAUGGACCUGAUGAUGUGGUAAAUGAAUUUGCAGAUGGAUUAGUUUUAAGUUCCAAGAAUCCAGAUAGUUUUCAUGAUCCAAGAGCAGUGAAACCAUUAUUUACAAUUGAAUUACUUAAAGCAAUUAACGAGGAUAAUUUUUGCUAUUCAACAAUGAUACGAAAUUAUACAACAACAAUUUUGAUAAUAUUUAAUAAAGCAUUAGAAGAUUUAGCUAAAAUACCUGAUUUAGAACCAAAAUUAAUGAAAGAAAUAUUUAAAGGAACAAGAUCUGAAAUGUAUUAUAAGGUACCUUAAAAGUCAUAGAUUACAAAUGAUCCUUUUGGUAAUUAAGAUCCUUAUUUUUUUGAUGAAAAUAUAUGGGUUAAUAAAUUAUUUGAUUCAUUAAGUGAACACUUAGAUAAAUCAUUUGUUGCAUUAGAUGAAUAUUUGAAAUGUUUUUAAGUUUACAAAGAAAUCUUAAUGAUAAGACCAGAAGAAUAUAUAAAAACAGUUGAUAAUGAAGAAAAACCAAAAGAAACAGAAUUAAUAAGAGAUGAAAUAUUCGAGUUAUAAAAAAAAGAAGAGAAAUUGAAAUUAUAGAUACCUGAUUAAAUACAAGUGGGAUGUUUCAAAGUUAAUUGCAAAGAAAUUAGUUAAUUAUUGACAGGUAAAUAUCAACAAUUAUACAAAUUGUUGAUAGAAGUAAUUGUAAAGAGAGUAAAAUAAUCAACAUUAUUAUUAUAUGAUGAAAUUUAGAAAGUGAAAUUGAGAUUGAAUGAACCUCCAGUAGAUAUUGAAAAAUUAACAGAAAUCAAAUAAUAUAUGGUAAAUUUACCACUUGAAUUGGAAAAGGUAAAAGAGGAUAUAGAUAAAUCAUGCGAAUUAUAUGAUUUAUUAGAACCAUUUAAAGUUAGAUUUUAACAUGAAGAUAUUCAAAGAAGAUGGUAAGUUUAUGGAGGACCAAAAGAAAUAAUGGAAUUAGUAGAAAUAAGAUCAUAAGCAUUAGAAAAGGAAAAGGGUCUAUUCUAAGAUAAAAUGAAACAAGAGUAGGAUUUCUUUUUAGAAUAAGUAAAAUCAUUAUAAAUAACAAUAUCAACAUUCUAUUCAUAUUAAAAUAUGGAUGAUCAUGAGAGUGUAGCUUAGAGAGUGAGAGGAAUAAAUGAUUAAUUAUAAAAGUUUUAAGAAAAUGCUAGAUAAUUUAAUUCUAGAGAAUUAUUAUUUGAAAUGGAAUAAACUGAUUAUAGUGUAAUAUAAUAGAUGGUAAAAGAAUUCAGACCAUAUUCAGAUUUAUGGUUGACAACCAAUUAAUGGUUUAAGAAUAUUGAACAUUGGAGAAAUGAUGAUUUUGAAAAAUUAGAUGCAGAUUAUUGUGAGAAGUUUAUGGAAGAAGCUUAUAAGACUACAGCAUUAGUCAAUAAAAAUUUUAGUGAUAAGGAUAUUUAACCAGUUUUAAAAAUUGGUUAAAAUGUUCGUUCUUUUUUGGAAGAAUUUAAACCAAAAGUCCCAUUGAUGGUUGCAUUAAGAAAAUAAGGUAUGAAAGAGAGGCAUUGGGAAUAAGUCUCUUAAAAAUUAGGAUAAGAAGUUAAACCGGUUCCAGGAUUUACAUUUACAAAAGCUGUUGACAUGGGAUUAAUGAAGAUUGUUGAAGAUUGUAUGGAAAUAGGAGAAAGAGCUUAUAAAGAAUUUCAAAUAGAAACUAUGCUUAAUUCUAUGAUGGGUUAAUGGGAAUAAAUUAAUUUUGAUGUUGCUGGAUAUAAGAAUAUCUCAUUUAUUAUUAGAGGAUUUGAUGAUAUAGGCAAUACUUUAGAUGAACAUAUUGUAAAUACAUAAGCUAUGCUUUUUUCACCAUUUAAAAAACCUUUUGAAGGACUUCUUAAUGAUUGGAACAGUACUUUAAAAAAAGUUAGUGAUAUUCUUGAAGUUUGGGCUAAAGUAUAAGUAAAUUGGAUGUAUUUGUAACCUAUUUUUGAUAGUUAAGAUAUCAUAAAAUAAUUACCCUUAGAAUCAAAAAGAUUUAAGGUGGUUGAUCAAAAUUGGAAAUUAAUAAUGAUUAAUGCUAAGAAUACUUUGAAUGUUUUAAAAGUUUGUUCAGCUGAAGGCCUACUAGAGAAACUUACUGAAGGUUAUAAUAGUUUAGAAUAAAUUCAAAAGGAAUUAAAUAAUUACUUGGAGAGAAAAAGAGAAAGAUUUGCUAGAUUUUAUUUCCUAUCUAAUGAUGAUUUAUUGGAGAUAUUAUCAUAAACUAAAGAACCAACAGCUGUGUAACCUCAUUUAAGAAAAGUAUUUGAAAAUGUCAAUUAAAUUGAAUUUGAUGGUAGUAAGAAAAUUCAUGCAAUGUUCUCAGCAGAAGGAGAAAAAAUCAAUUUUGUAAAAGUUAUUGAUCCAAAUCAUAAAAAUGUAGAAGAUUGGAUGAAUGAUGUAGAAGAUUAAAUGAAAUAGAGUGUUAGAGCAGCUUUACUUAAUUCAGUUCAUUAAUAUGUAGAAACACCAAGAAUUAAAUGGGUAACUAUGCAUCCUGGACAAUGUGUUUUAAAUGGAUCAUAAGUACAUUGGACAAAAGAGGUUGAAACAGCCAUCAAAGGUUAAAAAGUUAAAUAGUAUUUGGAAUAAUUACAAGCUUAAUUGAAUAACUUAGUUGAUUUAGUCAGAACAAAAUUAACUAAAAUGUAAAUGGUUACAAUAAAUGCAUUGAUUGUUAUUGAUGUACAUGCUAAAGAUGUUGUAGAAUUGUUACAAAAAGAGAGUGUUGAAGAUGUGUCAGCAUUUGAAUGGAUAUCACAGUUAAGAUAUUAUUGGGAAUAGGACAAUUGUUAUGUAAAAUGUAUUUAAACAAACUUCCCUUAUGGUUAUGAGUAUUUAGGAAAUACAUUGAGAUUGGUCAUCACUCCUCUUACUGAUAAAUGUUAUAUGACACUUAUGGGAGCAUUAAAAUUGAAUUUAGGUGGUGCACCUGCAGGACCAGCAGGUACUGGUAAAACAGAAUCAACAAAAGAUUUAGCUAAAGCUUUGGCGAAAUAAUGUGUUGUUUUUAAUUGUUCAGAUUAAAUGGAUUAUAUUAUGGUAGGUAAAUUCUUUAAAGGGUUAGCAAGUGCUGGAGCAUGGGCUUGUUUUGAUGAAUUUAAUCGUAUCAAUAUAGAAGUGUUAUCUGUUAUUGCAUAAUAAUUAUUGAUUCUAUUCGGAAAGAAAGCUGAAGGUGCUCCUUCUGCAGAUUUUGAAGGUAGUUCAAUUCGUUUAGAUCCAACUUUUUCAGUAUUUAUUACAAUGAAUCCUGGUUAUGCUGGUAGAACUGAAUUACCAGAUAAUUUAAAGGCUCUUUUUAGACCAGUAGCUAUGAUGGUUCCUGAUUAUGCUUUAAUUGGAGAAAUUAUGCUUUACUCUUUUGGAUUUAAAAAAGGUAGAGAAUUAGCAAAAAAGAUGGUUUAUACAUUUAAAUUAAGUUCAGAAUAAUUAAGUUCUUAAGAUCAUUAUGAUUAUGGUAUGAGAGCAGUAAGAUCAGUUAUUAAUGCAGCAGGUUUAUUAAAAGCAGCUGAUCCAGAUUAAGAUGAAGAUCGUUUACUAUUAAGAGCUUUGAUGGAUGUUAAUGUACCUAAAUUCUUGAAAGAUGAUUUACCUCUAUUUAGCAAUAUUAUUAAAGAUCUAUUUCCAGGUAUUGAUAAACCUGAAGUUGAUAUAGGAGAAUUAUUGGUUCAAAUAUAAGAAGCGUGCAAAAAUAUGAAUUUAUAAUGUACUGAAUCUUUCUUAGUAAAAAUUAAUUAACUUUACGAUACAAUCUAAGUAAGACAUGGAUUAAUGUUGGUUGGGCCAACAGGUGGUGGCAAGACUAGUAAUUAUAAUGUUUUAGCUCGUUCUCUUUCAGCUCUAUAAAAUACUUUGUAUUAUAAAGUACAUACUCACAUUUUGAAUCCUAAAUCUAUUACAAUGGGAUAAUUAUAUGGUCAAUUUAAUGAAUAGACUAGAGAAUGGAAUGAUGGAAUAUUAGCCUAUACUGUGAGAGAAGUAUGUAGAGAUCAAACAUCUGAAAGACAUUGGAUUAUGUUUGAUGGUCCUGUUGAUGCUAUUUGGAUAGAAUCUAUGAAUACUGUGUUGGAUGAUAAUAAAAAAUUAUGUUUAAACUCAGGAUAAAUAUUAACCUUGACUCCUUAUAUGACUAUGAUGUUUGAAGUUGAAGAUCUAGCUGUUGCUUCACCUGCUACUGUUAGUAGAUGUGGUAUGGUUUAUAUGGAACCUGUUUCUUUGGGUUUAUAACCACUUAUUAAAUCUUGGCUUAAUACAUUACCACCUCAUUGCAGAGAUAGACCUAAAAUUAUAACUUAAUUAAGCAUGUUGUUUGAAUAAUAUCUAGAACCUACUUUAGAAUUCAUGAGAAAAAAUCUCAAAGAAGUUGUAGGUACUUUUAAUAAUAAUCUUACUUAAUCAUUAUGUAGAUUACUUAAUUGCUAUUUACAUUAAUACAAAGAUACAGAAAUCAAAAAAGUGCCUAAGGAGGAUAUUGACAAUCUAGAAUAAUAGAUUGAACCAAUUUUCGCUUUUUGUUUAACUUGGAGUUUGUGUUGCACUGUGGAUUAAAAUGGAAGAGAGAAAAUUAACUUAUACAUCAAAGAAUAGUUUAGUAAAUCAAAAGCUAAUUUCCCUCAAGAGGGAGCUAUUUUUGAUUAUCUAUUUAAUGAGCGUACAAAAUAAUGGACACAUUGGGAUGAUCAGUUUAAAUCUUAUGAAGUUGAUCCUAAAUUAACUUAUUCAGAAAUUUUAAUUCCUACAACUGACUCAACAAGAAAUAUGCAUUUAAUGAAAACACUCUUAUCGAAUAUGUAUCACUGUCUAUUUCCUGGACCCACUGGUACAGGAAAAACUGUGAAUGCUAUGAAUUUACUAAUAUAGAGAAUGGGAGAAGACUAUCAGUAUAUGUCUUUAUCAUUUUCAGCAUAGACUAGUGCCAAUUAAACUUAAGAUACAAUUGAUUCAAAAUUAACCAAAAGAAGAAAAGGAUAUUAUGGUCCUCCUCCUCCUAAAAAGUGCAUAAUCUUUGUAGACGAUCUUAACAUGCCAAAGAAGGAAGAAUAUGGAGCAUAACCACCAAUAGAAUUAUUAAGAUAAUUUAUGGACCAUAAAGGUUGGUAUAAUAGAAAGGAAUUGUUCUUUAUGAAUUUAUAAGACAUUAUAUUGUUAUCAGCUAUGGGUCCUCCUGGAGGUGGAAGAAGUGCAAUUACAAAUAGAUUAAUGAGACAUUAUAAUAUCAUCGCCUAUACAGAAUUAGGUUAAUCAACAAUUAAAUAGAUAUUUGGAACUCUUGUAAGUUCAUUUUUAAGAAGAUUUAGUGAAGACAUAAGAAAUUAAAUUGGUAAUUUAGUAGAUACAGUACUAUAAGUGUAUGAAAGAGUAAAACGAGAACUAUUACCAACCCCUAAGAAAUCUCAUUAUACUUUUAACUUGAGAGAUAUUAAUAAAGUAUUCUAAGGAAUUUGUUCAGCUUCAUAAAAAUAUUGCACAGAUGCUAAAGCAAUUAUACAAUUAUGGUUCCAUGAGAAUAUGAGAGUGUUUCAUGAUAGAUUGAUUAAUUCAGAGGAUAGAGAAUAUUUGAUAUCGAUAUUGGAGGAAUUAUUUGCUCGUUUUGGUUAGGAGAAAGAAAACAUUCUAAGUUUGGAUCGCAUAAUUUUUGCUGAUUUCUAAUAAGGAAGGGAUGUAGAACCUAGACAUUACUUUUUAGUUAAUGAUUUAAAGAAGUUAUCUAAUUAAAUGUAUGAAUUUUAGUAAGAAUACAAUGCAGAUCCUUCAUUUGCAGGAUUGGGUGGUAAAAAAUCAAUGAAAUUGGUAUUGUUCUUAGAUGCUUGUGAACACAUUUGUCGUAUUAGUAGAGUAUUGAGAUAACCAUAAGGAAAUGCACUAUUAUUGGGAGUUGGAGGUAGUGGUAGAUAAUCUUUGGCUAAGAUGGCCACAUUCAUCUCAUACUAUAGAUUAUUUUAGAUUGAAGUUAUUAAGACAUAUAAUAUGAGAUCAUGGAGAGAAGAUGUAAAGAAAGUAUUAAUGAUGGCAGGAGUAGAGAAUAGAGGAGUAUCAUUUAUAUUUGUGGAUACAUAAAUAAUAAAUGAAUAAAUGUUAGAAGAUAUGAAUUCAAUAUUGAAUUCAGGAGAUGUCACAAAUCUCUAUUAAGAUAAAGAUAUGGAUGAAAUUAUUACAUCAUGUAAAGGAGAAUGUUUGAAAAGAAAUUUAUAGCCAACUCCUAAUAAUAUUUUUGCUUAGUAUUUAGCUAGAGUAAAGAAUAAUAUCCAUUUAAUAUUGGCGAUGUCUCCAUUAAGUGAUAAAUUUCAAACACGUUUACGUAUGUUCCCUUCUUUAGUAAAUUGUUGUACAAUUGAUUGGUUUACUGAAUGGCCAGAAGAAGCCUUGGUAGGUGUAGGAAGAGGUUAAUUAACAGAAUAUGCAACUGAAUUUGGUUUUAGUGAAUAAUUAGAGAAAAUUGUAGAAAUGUGUAAAAUUAUGCAUAAAUCAGUGGAAUAAGUCUCAGUCUAAUAUUAAUAACAAUUACGUCGUUAUAAUUAUGUUACUCCAACAAGUUUCUUAGAAUUAAUAACUAUGUUUAAGACAGUUAAUAAUGAAAAGAAGAAUGAACUUAAGUUUUAAAUAAAUCGUCUAAAAAGUGGAUUGGAUAAAUUGAUUGCUGCUAAUGAGGCAGUAUCAGAAAUGCAAAUUUAAUUAAAAGAUAUGCAACCUAAAUUAGAGGAGGCUGCUAUAGAAACAGAAAAAGUCAUGGCCAGAUUAGAAAUUGAUAAAAAAGAAGCAGAUGAAACUUAGAAAGUAGUUUCUGUUGAAGAAGCGGAAGCCCAAAUAGAAACUAAAAAAGCUAAUGAAAUAAAGAGAGAAGCAGAAGAAUCAGUUGCUGAAGCUAAUCGUAUUUUAGAAACAACUUUAAUUGAAGUGUAAAAAUUAAAAAAAGAACAUUUAGUAGAAGUCAAAGCAUUACCUAAUCCUCCUAGGGCUGCAAUUAUUACUCUUGGAGGUUGUGUUAUUCUACUUUAAGACUUCAUCAAAGAAUAAGGAGGUGAAAUUUAAAUGAUGAAGGAUGAAACAGGUAUGAAAAAAGUUGAAGAUUUUUUCAGCACAGCCAAAAAAUAUUUACUCAAUGAUACUAAAACACUUUUAGAUUAAUUACUAGAUUACAAGAGAGAUAAUAUUAAUUAAGCAUAUAUUAGAAAACUAGAAUAAAAAAUUAUUGGUGAUCCAGAUUUCAAAUUAGAAAGAGCAAAUACUUGCAGUUUAGCUAUUAAAUAUAUGUACAGUUGGUGCUAAGCCAUGUAUGAUUACAAUAAAAUAUUCUUAUAAACUCAACCCUUAAGAGAUAAGUUAGCUUAAGCUCAAAUGAUUGUUGAUUAGAAAUAAGCUUUACUUAAAGUAAAAAAAGAACAAUUAGAUGCAGUCAAUGCUAAAAUCAAAAGAUUAUAGGAAGAAUUUGAUGAAAAAGUAAAAACAAAAGAAGAAUUAUCCAAAAAGAUUUAAGAAUGUGAAAUUAAAUUAGUUAGAGCCUAGAAAUUGACAAGUGGAUUAUCAGAUGAAAAAACAAGAUGGACAGCAGAUAUUGAUAAACUCCAGUUAUAAGAACCAUUAAUUCCUGGUAAUUCAUUAUUAUCAGCAGCUAUGCUUGCUUAUGCAGGACCAUUUGUUUCAAGUUAUAGAUAAGGUUUAGAAAACAAGUGGAGAAAGAAUUUAAUUGAAUUAUCUAUAAGGCAUACAGAUAAUAUCACUAUGGUUCAAUUUUUAGGAGUACCUGUUAAAAUCUAAUCAUGGAAUAUUGCAGGAUUACCUAAGGAUGAUACUUCUAUUGAAAAUGGUAUCAUCAUAGAUAAAAGCAGAAGGUAUCCUUUGAUGAUUGAUCCCUAAAAUUAAGCAAAUAAGUUUAUAAAAAAUAUGGGAAAGGAACAUGCUGAAGGUAUAGAAGUAUUAAAAGUGAAUGACCCUAAUCUUAUGAGGACGCUUGAAUUAGCUGUCUAAUUUGGUAAAUAAGUUCUGAUUGAAAAUGUUGGAAAAGAUUUAGACCCAUCUUUUGAUCCAAUUCUAUUAUAAUAAAUAGUUAAAAGCGGAUCCUCUCUCACAAUUACAUUGGGUGAAAAAACAUUGUCAUUUAAUGAUAAAUUUAAAUUCUUUCUAACCACUACUAUACCAAAUCCACAUUAUCCUCCUGAAACCUUUGUAAAGGUUACAAUAAUUAACUUUGCAAUUACUCCAAGCGGAUUAGAAGAUCAGAUGUUGGCUUUAAUUGUGGCUUUAGAAAAUCCUUAAUUAGAAGCAAAUAAAGUUCAAAUAGUUAGGAAAAAUGCUGAAGAUAAGAAAUAGUUAUUAUUGAUAGAAGAUGAUAUUCUAAAGUCUCUAUCAGAAGGUGCUAACGAUAUUAAUGAAGUAUUGAUGGAUGAGACUCUUAUUAAUAAAUUAUAAAACAGUAAGAAAUUUGCAGCAGAAAUUAAUUAAAGAGUUGCAGAUUCUAAGAUAACAGAAGAAUAAAUAGAUUAAGCAAGAGAAGGUUAUAGACCAGUAGCUUUUAGAGCAUCUUAAUUAUUCUUCUGUAUAGUAGAUUUAUCAGGUAUUGAUCCAAUGUAUCAAUAUUCUUUAUAAUGGUUUAUGAAUUUAUUUUCUAUGGGAGUAGAGAAUGCCCCAGCAGCUAAAGAACAUGAGGUUAGAUUGACAAAUUUAAAUGAUUAUUUCACUUUCAGUUUGUAUGAGAAUGUAUGUAGAUCACUUUUUGAAAAACAUAAAUUACUUUUCUCUUUAAUGUUAACAAUAAAGAUUCUCUAAGGUUAUAAGUAAUUGAAUGAAGAAGAAUGGAGAUACUUAUUGACAGGGCCUAUGGGAGAUAUAAAAAUAAAGCAUAAUCCAACUAAAUGGAUAGCUGAAAAUACUUGGCCAGAUAUGUAUAGAUAAAUUUAUGGAAUGUCAUAAUUACCAGCAUUUAAAGGGUUUGAAGAUUUUUGGAUAAAUAACACUGAAUUAUUUAAGCCACACUAUGAUUCAACUGAACCUCAAUUAAUGUAAUUACCUGGAGAAUGGAAUUCUAAAUUAGAUGAAUUCUAGAAACUAAUUUUCAUUAAAUCUUUCCGUCCUGAUAAAGUUAUUCCAUGUGUUUAGAAUUUUAUAUCUCAUAAAAUUGGUAAAUAAUUCAUAGUUCCACCUCUUUUUGAUUUAGCAAAAUGUUAUAAAGAUUCAACAAUGUAAACUCCUUUGAUAUUUGUGUUAUCUGCUGGAUCUGAUCCUGUGGCAGACUUUUUAAAGUUUGCAGAAGAGAAAGAAAUGCUUAAAAGAUAUGAAUAAAUUUCAUUAGGUUAAGGAUAAGGUCCAAAAGCUGAAAAAAUGAUUAGAGCUGCUAGAUAAAAAGGAGGAUGGGUUCUUUUAUAGAAUUGUCACUUAGCAGCAUCAUGGAUGAAUGAUUUGGAACGUAUUUGUGAAGAUAUUGAUGAAAGUGCUAGUAAAGAUUAUAGAUUAUGGUUAACAAGUAUGCCAACAAACUCUUUUCCAAUAUCAGUUUUAUAAAAUGGUGUCAAAAUGACUUUAGAACCACCUUCUGGAUUAAGAAGCAAUUUAUUACGAUCCUAUGCUCGUUUAGAUGAUAAUGAAUUAUAAAGUGGAUGCAAAAAACCUGAAAUAUUUAAGAAACUAAUAUUUGGAUUCUGUUUCUUCCAUGCUAUUAUUUAAGAUAGACGUAAGUUUGGUCCAAUUGGUUGGAAUAUUGCAUAUGAAUUCACUAACGAAGAUUUGAAUGUUUGUAAGAGAUAAUUAAUUAUGUUAUUGGAUGAAUAUGAUGAAGUUCCAUACAAAGUCUUAAAUUAUUUAGGUAGUGAAAUCAAUUAUGGUGGAAGAGUCACUGAUGAUAAGGAUGUUAGAUUAAUUAAAACUAUAUUAAGAACUUACAUUAAAAAAGAAGCAUUAAAUGAUCAUUUCUCCUUUUCUAAAAGUGGUACUUACAAUUCUCCUCCUUCUGGAUUAUAAGCUGAUUAUAUGAAUUAUAUAGAAAGUCUUCCAUUAAAUCCAGCACCAGAAGUAUUUGGAUUACAUGAAAAUGCUGAUAUCACUAAUGCUCAAAAUCAAACUAUUAUGCUUCUUGAAACUAUUCUUUCAGUCUAACCAAGAACUAGUUCAUCCGCAGGAAAAACUAGGGAAGAGUAAAUUGAAGAUUUAGCUAACUUUGUGCAAGGAAAAACACCUCCAGUUUUUGAUUAUGAUGGUAUUUUCCUCAGAUAUCCUACUGAUUAUCAAGAAAGUAUGAAUACUGUGUUGGUUUAAGAAGUCUUAAGAUAUAAUAGAUUAUUAGAAGUUAUGAUUGAAUCAUUAGUUAAUGUGAAAAAGGCAUUGAAAGGAUUAGUAGUAAUGUCUGAAGAUUUAGAAAAAUUAUCUAACUCUCUUUAUGAUAAUUAAGUGCCUAAGAUGUGGGCAGAAAAGGGAUUCUUAUCAUUAAAACCAUUAGCUUCAUGGACUUAAGAUCUUAAUGAUAGAGUAGCAUUUUUAUAAAAAUGGAUUGAUGGAGGUACUCCUGCAUCAUUCUGGUUCUCAGGAUUCUUUUUCCCAUAAGCAUUUAUUGCAGGUAUCACUUAAAAUUAUGCUCGUAAACAUGUUAUUGCAGUUGAUCUUGUUUCAUUUGAAUAUUUAGUAAGAGAUGAUUUAGAAAUAUCUAAAAUUGUCGAUAAACCUAGUGAUGGUUGUUAUGUAUAUGGAUGCUAUUUAGAAGGAUGCAAAUGGGAUUCACAAAAACAUGUACUUUCUGAAUCCACUCCCAAAGAAUUAUUUAGUGAUUUACCAGCUGUCUAAUUGAUACCCAAAAAAAAUAGAGUAAUUCCUAAAACUGGAAUUUAUAAUUGUCCUUUGUAAUAUUUAAAUUUUAAUAUUUAGGUAUAAAGUUGUAUCAAGAGCAGGAACCCUUUCGACAACAGGACACUCUACAAACUUUGUAAUGUGGUUAGAAUUUGCUUCAGAUCAAGAAGAAGAUAUUUGGAUUAAGGCAGGAGUGGCAGCUUUCCUUGCCCUCAGAUAUUGA